AUGGCGUGCGUGGAAAAAAAAAAAGCGACUCAUGCAAUUGUCGGACUCGAAUCUGCUUGGUUUCACAUAUGUAACAUCAUUCUUCACGCUGUUGCUUCUAUUUUAUUCACGAGAGUUUGUUUUACUGUCGUCGGAUUAGAACCUGAAUUUGCUACCACCGCCGGGGCCUUGUUUGCCGCUCACCCGAUUCACACGGAAGCGGUAACUGGAAUCGUUGGACGUGCCGAUGUAUUAGCCUGCGUAUUUUUUCUCUUAUCGUUUCUUUCUUAUCACGAAGAAUCGAAUAAAUCUUACGUUUGGAGCAGCAUCGCUUUGGCAGCUUUUUCCAUGCUGGCAAAAGAAACUGGAAUAAUGGCUCUCUUGUUAAACAUUUGCUACGACUUUUACAAAUCGUGGCACUCAAUAAAAAGGAGAGCGGCAAAAGUUUUUGUUUCUUUAAGUUUAUUGCUAGUGUUCCGCUUGGCUGUCUUACAAAGCUCUCUACCUAAAUUUUCUAAUCAAGACAACCCUGCAGCUUUUCACCCCUACAGGCACGUUAGAUUUAUGACAUUUUGCUAUUUGACCGCAUUAAAUUGUUGGCUUUUACUUUUUCCCGCGACUUUAAGUCACGAUUGGCAAAUGGGUUCGAUACCGUUGAUAACAAAUUAUUCGGAUUCGAGAAACACAGCAACUUGUUUGUUUUUUUGUUGCCUUGCUAUAUUAAUAUAUAAAGGAAUCGUGGAUUUCGAGCAUCAAAAACAUCCAUCGCUCGUUUUAGGUCUUUCAUUAUUAGUUUUUCCAUUUUUACCGGCGACAAAUUUGGCGGUAACGGUCGGUUUUGUCGUAGCCGAACGUUUACUAUACAUUCCAAGCCUCGGAUGGACUUUACUCGUUGUUUACGGAUUACAAUUGCUAAGAAUAAAACAAAAAUUUUUUUCUCCAGUACCCAUAGUUAUAUUGGUUAUAUUUGUUUUUUGCGGGAGAAGCAUUUUAAGAAAUCGCGACUGGAAUUCAAGAGAAUCAUUAAUUAGAUCCGGUUUAAAAACAUUACCUCAAAAUGCUAAAAUGCAUUAUAAUUUUGCAAAUUUUUUAAGGGAUUCUGGAAAUGUUGAAAUGGCGGCAUCUCAUUACAAGGAAGCUUUGCGGCUUUGGCCAUCAUAUGCAAGCGCUCAUAAUAAUUUAGGAACUUUAAUGAGUCGUCCGAAAGAUGCCGAACAACAUUUUUUGGCAGCUAUUAGAUAUUCUCCGAACCACGUGAAUGCUUAUUACAAUUUAGGACAAGUGUACAGAAAAGUUAAUAAAACGGCAGAAGGUCUUAGAAUGCUCGAAAGAUGCAUAACAAUUGACAAUACAUACACUCCAGCAUAUUUAUUAAUGGCUAAACUCCACACAAUCGCGGGUAAUAAAAAAAAAGUCGAACAAUUAUUACGUCACGUAAUAAAAAUGCAUCCGAAAAAUCCAGAUCAUUUAGCCGAAUAUGCCGGAUGGCUUUACGAUCAAGGUUUAAAAUUAAAAUCAAUGGAAUAUUAUAAACGUGCUUUAUCUCACGUGGCUCCCCAUAAAAGUUCUCUUUUAGGAAUGGCAAAAAUAUUAAGGGCACAAGGACAAUUACCGAGAGUUCAUCAAAUAACAAUAAGAUCGCACAUAAUGGCGAGAGUCGAAAGCGGAAAUCAAAUAUUUACCGGAGAUUUAUAUUUCAGAAGUUGGCAAUUGCAAAGACAGUUUCAACAACUUUCAAAUUCUCGAAACACUCAACAAAUCGAAAGUCAUUUUGCGUCGAUUUGUUUACCUGAGAACACGACGGAUUUUUCUUUUUUCUUCCACGAUUUUUUUCUCUUUUGCUCGAUGCUAUCCUGGAAAUAUGGUCGUUGA